AUGAAUGGCUUCGUCGAUCAUGGAUUGGAUGAUUCAGCCUUCGGCGAGAAUAAAGCCGUGAGCGCUGUAAAGGCGUUCGAUGCGUUCCCUAAAACCAAACCAUCAUAUCAGCAAAAGACAAAUACUGGCGGAGUCUGGACCGUGGUGUUAAUAUGUGCAAGUCUUUGGCUCGCCUGGACGGAGGUCGUAAGAUACUGGUAUGGCAAUACAUCCCAUGACUUCUCCGUGGAGCAGGGAGUCGGCCAUGAUUUACAAAUAAAUCUCGACGUGGUGGUGAAGAUGAAAUGCGAUGAUUUGCAUGUGAAUGUGCAGGAUGCUAGUGGUGAUAGGAUCCUGGCUGGACAGGCCUUACAUAAGGACUCGACGACAUGGACGCAGUGGGGUUUGAACAGGAAGCAGCAUACGCUCGGUGCUACAAAGGAGGAGAGGUUGGAUUUGAGUGGGUUUCCCGGGUUUGGGGACUACAAGGAGUACGCUGAGGAGGAUGUACAUGAUUAUUUGGGGGCGGCGAGGAAGAGCAAGAAGUUUCUGAAGACGCCUCGGAUGUCUAGAGGAGUUGAGGCGGAUAGUUCCUUCAACUUCUCUCACCACAUCAACGAGCUUUCCUUCGGACCCUUCUACCCGUCUCUAGUCAACCCCCUCGACAACACAGUCGCAGGUACUGAGCAAAACUUCUACAAAUUCCAAUACUACCUCUCCGUGGUCCCCACAAUCUACACCACCGACGCCAAAUCCCUCCGCCGCAUAAGCAAGAAGCAGCAAGGCGAAAGCCCCUCCUCUGGUUCCGAUGGACUGGAGAAACAUCCGCAUCGCUACAGCAAGAACACAGUGUUCACGAACCAGUACGCCGUCACUGAGCAAUCACAUCCAGUAGCGGAGAACAACGUUCCGGGCGUGUUCGUCAAGUUCGAUAUCGAGCCGAUACAAUUGACCAUUGCGGAGGAGUGGAGCAGUAUACCAGCAUUGUUCAUCAGGCUGGUCAAUGUCGUGAGUGGUGUGCUGGUGGCGGGAGGAUGGUGCUAUCAGAUCAGUGAGUGGGCGAAGGAGAUGCGUGGACGGAGAAGAGGGAGGUCGGAAAGCUGGGCGGGAAUGCUCACGCCUAUGGAUGAGAAGAAAAGCACGUUUUAG